AUGGAGGAAACCAAUACGAAAGUAGUAAACAAGAAUGAGGAGGAACAAGAGAUGAGAAAGCAUGUAAGACACAUGGGUUUUCGGCGCGUUCCGAGACGAAAUGAAGAGUCUGGCAAGGUGGAAUGGAAGUCUCAGAGAAUCCUCUUUCAGCAAAUACGGUACACCGGGUUCCAACGAAAUCCUUCCGUUACCACCAAGAAAUCAAAAAAGGAACCAAAGAAAGGAACCAAAGACAAAACUGAUAAUGAUAAUGGUCACGACAGUGACGAUGACAAGGGUCUUACGGUUGCCAAAAUCCGCAACUCGUUCAUGUCUCCGGGGGGGCAACCACGGCCCGCGUUGCUAAAAAAAGACUUGAGUUCCUAUUUCGAACGAGGAGAUUCCAAAUCAAGAUUGUCGCUGAUAGUCAAUGAUUCUGCCGCCAACAAGACCUUUGACGAGUGCUACGAAAAGGAAGAUUAUUUAGGAGAAGGUGGUUUUGCCGUCGUCCAUCGAUGCAAGCACAAGGAACGGGGCAAUUUGUAUGCCGUCAAGGAGAUUCAAAACGAAGGAUACGAGGAUGCCGAAGGGAAUUCUUUCAAGGAAGAAAUCAACACAAUGAAGAAAUUACGAGAGAUUCCGUACAUUGUCCGUCUGUUGGAUGUCUUUUAUGCCUACGACCGGACCUUUAUCAUUAUGGAAGAAAUGAAUGGUGGAGAUUUGUUGGACAAGAUUGCCGAAAAGGAAUACUACCCAGAAGCCGAAUGCCGUCGAUUGGCCCGACGACUCUUUGAAGCCAUUUAUUAUUGUCACAAGAAACGAAUUGUCCAUCGAGAUAUCAAACCAGAGAAUAUACUGCUGGAAAAUAAGUUUGAUGACACCAAAAUCAAAUUGGCCGACUUUGGGUGUGCGAAGGAACUGGAGGAAGAUACGGUACUCGUGACCAUGUGCGGGACGCCUCAAUAUGUGGCACCCGAAAUUUAUUUGCAACGAUCCGGGUACGAUGAAAAGUGUGACCUGUGGAGUGCGGCCGUUGUUGUGUACCUGUUGUUGGCGGGCUACGUUCCCUUUGACGGAGAACCGAUUGAAAUGCACAAGAUUGUCUGUGCGGGGGAAUAUGAAUUCCAUCCCAAAUAUUGGUCCGAGAUAUCGGAAGCACCCAAAAAGUUGAUUCGAGACUUGUUGAAGGUGGAUCCAGUGGAACGAGCGACCAUUGUGCAAAUUUUGGAUACCGGGUGGUUGAAACGGCUGGAUCGAGAAAAGGCCAUGCUGCGGCGCAAUUCGGAAUCAGACUUGAUGAAAAGCAGAUCCAUGAACCAAUCCCUGAGAAAUUUUGGAAAAUUGUCCAUUGCUAAUUUGAAUAGUAUUGAAGAGUGA